UUGUUAAGUUUUGUUUUAAUAAGUGUCUGCCAAUCAAUAUACAAUACUGACAUAGCAGAGCUAGUGACCUUUUGUCACCUAUAUGGCUACAUUGCGAAAACAAGGAACCUUGAAUAUUAAUAACUUGCACUCUCUGUCUCUCUCUUCAGUCUCUUGAAGUAACUCUGACAGUUCUGGGUGGACAAAGGCUUUUAAAUGAGUUAUCAGCCAACUUACACCUACAAUCAACCUGGGUUUGAUAAAGACAGUCUUGACAAUGUGUUACAAUACAUCAGAAAUGCUCCAAACUACUGUUUGUAUAAGAUCCAGCAAUGUCUGCCAAACCCCUCCAUGAUCUGCACAUACGACCCCAUGGUCUGGCUCCCUCCAGAGCUGCUGGAUUACUUGCUGCUUUUCCUCGAUCCUGAAUCUCAGCUCAACCUUUUAAUUCUUAAUAAAGCUUGGAAUAGGUAUUUGUUGCGGCAUCCAGUAUGGCAGUCAACUUGCCAAAAUCUGGGUGUUUCAAAGAGGGUCUGCUACUCACUUGGCUGUCCUGAAAACUCAAAGCCCCAUCUAUCCUGGCUACAAGUUACUAUAGCUGCCUUUUAUGUUAGAAGUGCUCUGUGCAAGCCAGAUUCAUUUUUCCUUAAAAAAUGCAUUCCUGUUCUCCAAGUUACAAGACUGGGCAGUACAGGACCCCUGGACCUUACUGCCUCAGGAAGACUCAUAUGUGCCUAUCGUGACAAGCAUUGGGUUGUGCUUGACAGAUGUUGCAGAGAAGUACUUCUCCGCCACACAACGGGCUCAGAAAUCAUGUGCACUCGCUUCAUUGAUACAAGUAAAGCUGCAGAGCUCUGCCCUAACGGUGCAAUAAUUUAUGGCAAAGUUGAUGGACGCCUCACUGCUGCACUGCAAUUCAAAGGAUUUCAUACCUUUGCUUACAUUGAUUUUUUCACGCACGCUGGUCCAGUGUUGUGUUGUGAUGCCUCAGCGGAGCUGGACCUCAUGGUGAGCGCAGGGGACGACCUCUGUAUCAGGAUGUGGCAUCUCUCUACCGGUGUUAUGCUUAUGGCACUGUCAACACAUGCCCGCACUUGUCAGAUUCGGAUGCUGCCCAAGCGUGAAGGCUGGUUCAAUGUUAUUGCUGUGGAAAAUACUGCAUGCCGUCAGUACAAGUGGACUUCUGAAAGCCCAAAUUCUACUGCAGUGGCAGAUAAUCUUCAAAGACUAAAUUCAGCAGUUGUAAACACACAACAAACACUCAAUUCCAAAGACAAGUUUGGAAAUUAUUUGAACAUUGAUUGUAGUGUAGUGUAUGAUGACGACUCGAUAUCAGCUCAAGUGAUCCACGAUUCAAACUACACAAUAGGUUGUAUUUCACGUAGUUCUAAUGAGAAGACCAAUAGCAUUGUGGUCUACGAUGCUCAUACGCUGCAACGCUUACACUGUGUUCCCACCAUUCUGAAGCUGCUUCGCCUGGAGGCAGCAGGGCGCAGGUUUGCUCUGUUCACCACAACGUCUUGGAGCGAACUGGACGUCAAAUGCAGGCCCUCAUUUAAAGAGGAAGCUUUGGUGCUCUUUGACCUCACUGCUGAACAGCAGCUCAGUUUCUUCAGGCUACCCUGGAGAAAUCCAUCUUCCCACAGAAGCAGUUGUAGGUCAUACGACACCGCGUGGCUGGAUGAGCUUCCUGUGGACGCUGUGCUACCUAUUAAGGCCUACUCAACUGCUGCUGCUUCAGCAUCUGGUAUUGCCUCACCAUAUAACUGCACUGUACCAUCUACCAACAACGAACCACCUGUAAACACCACACCACCUGUCAACUCCGCGACUCCUACAAGCUCCUCGCCAUGUCCAGACAACGUUCGCGGCUGGGUGGAUCGUGUCUGUAAGUCCAUGGGAGACAGCAAUUUUGCUCAUGAUCCUGAGUUCGUCUCAGAUAUCCUAACUUACCGGCGCGUCAUUAGAGGCGUACUAGACACUCCGACGCCGUGCAUGACCAGUUCUUCCAUGAACUAUGAACGUCCCUUGCCGCCUGUGCUGUACAUCUCCCACAGCGGCAAUGAGGUAGUCGUUGUCACCUGGAACCUCCAGCAGAUAAAAGCUAAGGGAGAACACAAGACUAAAACUGAGUGAACGAUUGAUGUAUGUGUGGCCGUGAUGUGUUGAGAAAGUUGCUUUAUUAUAACUUUAUUGCCUUAUAUCGGUAUGCUACUAAGAAUCAAUGAUAUUAAUGGCUAAAAGAAUAGUGUCAUCCCUCCAGCACAGCGGGAAUUUACCUCCAGUUUUGGAUACACUGGCAUUAAGCGAAUAUUGCAUCCUAAGACACUCGUAAGGUCGAUUGCAUUUGCAGCAUACAGCGGAGGAGUAUUGCAUUGUCGAGUGUGAAUAUUUUCUGGAGAGUGUGAGGAAAUGUUGGAGAACUAGCAUGGAAAAUGAUACGUAUGGCUUUAGUUUACUCGGCUUUAAAAUAUUUUUAAAUAUAUCUCUAUCUCAUUUAAACUAAGUGAUAAUUUAUUUAAUUUAAAUUGAUAUUUUCAUCAUCAAAUAAACUUAGUGUUUUGAUCGCGUCAAGUUGAUUAGUUUAAAGUGGGAAGGCAAAAGAACAAGACUUGCUUGGCGCCAACGUGCGUCAUACGGCAGGAUGAACUGGUGUGGACACCCCGUAGUUUGCCACAAAGUCAUGGAGAACUAUGAACGAUGGUGAAUGAAGUAUAUUGGGAAACAUCUUUCCCAAACCCAUUAGAACUGUAUGAGCUUAAAGUUAGGUUCAUGAAUACUCAGCUCAUUUGCUCUAUACAGGUGUAUACUUAAUAUACCUAGAUCAUAAUAUUUCUAACAAUGUGCAAUCGAUGACCUAAUACGUCAUUCAUAAAUCUGAGAAUGAAAUUCUUGCGUUUCUUAUAUCGUAGUACACCAUAUUCAUAGUACGACAACAUAGAUUGCUGAUAAGCGGAAAGGCGAGUGUCUGCUGCUGCAGCAAAUCUUAGCUAACGACAGCUGCAUCGACCUGUCUGCUAGGCAGUCAGGAAGCAACUGGCAUUGUGUGCAGUUAGCCUGGCAGGGGCGCUAGUCGUGCUACCUCAGGAGCGACUGCUUCAUGCCACUCCCAAAUGGCUAUGCUGUUUUCAACAAACUAAGAAAGCUAUUCUUUAGCCAGACUCAACUAUCUCGGUGAUCAGAGACCCGGAACAGAGCUCAGUUGCCUGUGGAAUUGGUCGCUGACCUUCCUACAACUAUAGAGUUAUUGAGGAUGUUUUGUUGCUUGGGCGUUGGUACUUACGGUAGGAUUAUGUUCUUAAUCUUGGUUCUCCUUUUCACUGAACAAAUUCAAGUUGUAUUGAUAGUUCCUAUCCUUUCUUGUGUCUAUUUAUUUUUCGCUUGCUAUUAAUUUACCGCGCCGCGAUAAGCCAGACGCCGCGAUAAAUGCUUAGUAAAGUAAUAAUAAUAGUUAUAAGCGACAGUGUCGUAAAUGGUGAUGGCAUGGGAGCCGGUAUAUGAUAAUGGUUGCUAAAGUUAAAAUGUUUGAUAUAUCUUUUGAUAUUGUGCACGGCCUUAAAUAUUUAAAUUUCACCAAAUUUAAGGUAAAGUUGUUGAAUUUCAUACACGAAAAUU